GUUAUUCAAAUCAGACAUAUUACAUACAACACAUUAUUGCAGGAUUAUUUUAAGCAUGUAUUCAAUUCGCUCACUAUCAUGUCUGUUCUUUAAGAAAUGUUCUUCUCCUGCGAUAACAUGUGAAAAAACUUGGGACAUAAUAAGAUGUUUCAAGAGUUGUAUAUGCAUUGGUUAAAUGCACACUUUAGAAUCGUAUUAAUCAGCUAUUCAGGUAAAGAAACAGCUAUUUGUCAGACUGGUUGUGUUAGCUGCAUGCCUUGAACUUGUACAGAUACCUUUACUAGUGACACGGUUCCUGCCAAGACAUACCGAAACAAUGUUUUGCUUCAAUAACGAGAACAUUGACAAUAUAAAAGGAAAACCUGAAUGGACUGAACAUCUAAAACCCAAGAAAGUUGACGGGUCUUAUUGCGUUGAAGCUAGUAAGGCGAUAUAUGCUAUUGUGUCAAAGAUGACUGAAGCAAGAUAUGACAAAGAUGCAAACCCUGAACAUAACUUAUCAAACCUAACCAUGUUUGAUUGUGAAAUUGAGGAAAGAAAUAUAUCAAAUGUACGACUUAAGUUUAAAGGAGCAAGUUUAAAGUCAGGUCAAAGCUCAAACAUAUUCUGGAAGUCAGAUUUAAGGGUCGGCAGCGAUGUACAAUAUCUAGACGAAGAGGGAGCGAUAUCUAUCAAGAAAUCCGGUCAUUACUUUAUUAAUGUACAGCUUACAAUCAGAAUGAAUGUCGGAAGUUUUUAUGACAAUGUGGAAACAAAGAAGUGAACUCAUUAUCGUUGAGAAUGUUCAUUCCGUGUGUCAAAUACCUGAUUAACAAAGUGAACAGUCAAUCAACGUUGGUGCAGCAUUUCAGCUGAAGAAAAAUGAAAAGAUUUAUGUGGCCUUUUCCCAUCCGAAUUUACUCUCAACAGGAAAUGGGAGGGAUCAUUUAAGUAUUCAUGCAAUAUGAAAGCAGUAUUUUAAAAUCUGUCAAUAGCUGUCUGACCCUUAGGAUAUGUUUUUAAAUUUGUCUUUUGGCAUUUUCUAAUUGGGUGGUUCCAACAUUCCUACUUGAAUCAUGUUGAAUCACCCUUAGGAUAUGUUGCCUGCUUUUUAACUUUGUCUUUUGACGUUUUAUCUGUGAUAUGCAGGCUUCAUAACCUCUGACCCCUUUUCAAAAUUCCAUUAGUUUAGUUCCUCCCAUUGUUUUCUCGUUUAGGGCACAAGCUUUUUAUUACUUGGGGACCAUACGCCGCUUUUCAUGGAAUGGAACUUCUGUGUGACAUUGAAGGUUCUAUGAUAACCGUCGUAUGAACACAUCUGUGAAUGUUUCCAAAUCCAAAUGUCACCAUAUUCGUGUUUAAAUGUUGAAUUCUGCUUAAGACGGUGCUAGGGGACGUGGACGGUAACUUACACUUUUCAGUACCAUCCAUGAACAGGCUCAAUGAAAUCGAGCCGGCAACAUUUUCAAUUCUGCCUUGUUUGGUUUUCUUAAGAGAGUCUGUUUUUCUCAAUAUUAUUUUGUUGAUUUAGCACAAAUAUAUUCAAGUUCUUUGUAGUACUCUGAUUAUAGUCUUUUUAUAUUUCUUUGUAGAACUUUGUUAUUUAUAUCAUCCAUUGAAGAAAAUGUUAAUAUUC